AUGCAAUUUGCUGCCAGAAGAGCUCUGAAUGCUUUUCUGAUCAGGGAAACCAGAUAUUCACGUUCCUUCUCAACGUCUACACCGGUCACACGCCAGCCGAAACCUUCUUUGGAUCUGGAUCCGACUUUACACGCACUUUUGCGAGAUGUCGAUAUUUCACUCUCUCGCGACAAAAUAACCGAAAGUCCAUCACCUCGGGAAUUAGAUGUACUUCCGCCAGAGAAUUUGACAGUUACUCCAGAUACAGACCAAGUGGAGGAACACGUAGAUCUGUUGGGCAGCUUGGAACGGAAGUCACCUGCAGCGGUAUUUGGGAGUCAGCGGAUUGGAGCCACAGUUUUACCUCUGGAAUUGCAGAAUUCUAUCAAUAUACUGAUCAAUGACUCGGACAAAACAAUGCUCCAUACCGACGCGAGACGUUUAUUCGUCAAUCCCGAAGGAUCCGAGGAGCAAUGGAAUACCAACUACGACACUCGGUAUCGUACUCGCCAGCAGGCGUCAAGGCAUUACGAACGGGACGGCACUGCGUUUGCAACAAUUGCUCUACCGGCCCACUAUUCGGCCAUAAUGUGUGUCCUCGAACACUUGAAGCACCGCAUGGAUUCGAGUUGGAAGGUGCGAAGGGUGAUUGAUUGGGGAGCAGGUACCGGAAGUGGUCUUUGGGCGGCUUUGCAUACGUUUCAGCAGAAUCACGACUCAGAGAUGGAAGACCUCAAAUCAUCAAAUUCAACCAUUCAAUCUUACCUCGGUAUUGAUAAACGGGACGGACUUGUCAACAUCGGCAAGCGACUUUUCCGUGGAGUUGAUCUCGAUAAUACCAAUGUUUCGUGGCAGCGGUCGUUCCGGGACGAUGAUAAGAUUCCUCGAUCUCUCGGACACGAUACCCUUGCCUUGUCUGCCUUCAAUCUCUCUUCUCUGCCAACACAUUUGGCACGCAAAGCGCAGGUGAAGGAAAUGUGGGAGAGUGGGGCCAACACUUUGGUUCUGAUCGACCAUAAUAACCAGACCGGCUUCGAAAAUAUUGCCGAAGCUAGGGAAACUCUUCUAAGUAUGGGGAGGAAGGAAAUGCAGGAUCCAGCGACAUCGGAGUGGCCAAUCCGUGGCUCACACGUUGUAGCGCCCUGUCCUCAUGAUGGUGAAUGUCCACUAUACCAUCAUGGGUCUUCACGGAUUGUCUGCGGCUUCUCUCAGCGCCUGCAGACACCAUCCUUUGUUCGGCGCACGAAACACUCCAAGUCCGGGCAAGAAGACAUCGGCUACUCUUAUGUUGUCGUGCGUCGUGGUGCAAGGCCUAUUGGUACAACAAAUACUCGUACAGGUAGGAUUGGUGCAGUAGGACUGCGACAAUUAGAAAAAGAAGCCGAAGCUCGUGUACCCUUCAAGGAGCUGGCGCUUCACAGUGAACAUGACCCUGUAAUCAAGGAAGAGUCCCAAAAACAACAUUUGGCCACUGGAAUUCCUUCUGAGCCUUUAGACUUUCAGCCACUAAAAGAACUUGAUGCCGCCUUUCGUCAGGAAUCUUAUUAUUGGCCUCGGCUUGUAUUUCCCCCACUGAAAAGGAGCGGCCACAUCAUUUUAGAUAGUUGUACUGCUGAAGGUAAAAUUAUGCGCUUGACGGUACCAAGAUCCCAGGGAAAGCAACCUUAUUACGAUGCACGGAAGUCUGCUUGGGGGGAUAUAUUCCCCCACGAACCGAAAAAUAAACCACAGGAGCGUUUCCAACCCCGAAGUGAAAAGCGUGAAAGAGAUGGCAUCCCCACCAAAGGAUGGGACAUCGGCAAACGUCGCGAUCAUGCCCGUGAGAAGCAUAAGUUCAGUUAUGAAGUGCUCACGGAGAGUUUGAAAGAGAAGGGAAAGAGGUCGAGGCGUGAUCGAGUGCCUCCUUUAGGACGUCGCGGAUAA